AUGCGCGACGGCCGCCUCAUUGUCGCGGAGCAAGGUUGGCACAGGGCGGGCGCGGGUCUCCCCGGCGCGGGCGUCCGCCGUCCCUCUCCGCCUCCUCCGCCGCGCCGCCCCGCCUCCCCGCCGAGGGCUCGCCGCACGAGCGCCUGGAACGCGAGCUGCGGCCGGGGGACGAGGCGAGGUGGCGCCGCGCCGGCGUCGUCGUCCCCCGCCGCCGUGCUCUCGGCCCCUGUCCGCCCCCCUCCCUCCGCCCCUGCUCGCUCGCCUCCUCCGCCGCCCCGGCUCCUCGCCCUGAACGCCGCGGCAGGCCCGGCGGGUCCGGGAGGCGUGUUCGGCGAGCUGGGGACGACGCGCGAGAGCUCGUACAUCUCGAGGGACAGGAUGCUGGCUCUUCGUCUCCAGGAAGAGCAAGUGCAGGCAUACAGGGAAUCGCUCAAGGCCUGGGAGGAAUCCUGGAAGCCGGGGCCUGAGCCUCAGCGCAAGAACACCAAGAUUUCUGGUAUCUGCAACUGGGAACGACUUUUCCCAGUGAUCGCCUUCGCCAACGGGAGCACAAAGGGUUUCAGCCUUCAUUUCGCGAUGUGGUCCAUGUGUAUGGGCUUUUCGCUCCUUGUGAUGUGCGUCUUGUACUUGGACCUCUUCUUGGAUCAGUUUGGUUCGAUCAGUAAGCAUGCUUAAAGAUGCCGGUGCUAGCUCCCGCACUUCAGCUUAGGCUUGGCCCAAAGGCAGUGGAACGUGUUUUGCAGUACAAGGUGGUGGACAUUGUGAUGUCUAAGCUCGAAUCAGUUUAGUUUUUUCUUUGAUUCCUGGACUAUUAGGCCCUAGCUAAUAUUUUCCCCGUGCUAAGAUGCUACUACCUCCGCUCUUACAUGUAUCUGACGUUUAGGGCAAUCUAAUAAUUAGUCUGUCCUAUACGUCUUAUAUUUAAAGAUGGAGCGAGUAUUCAUGUUAAGUAACCUUUCACUCCCUACUAGAUGAGUGAACUCCUAUGCAGCUUUUGUUUCUGAAGCCCUAGCACCCUCUCAUGUUAUGUAUUUAGAUGCAGGGUGUUCCAUGUUCUUACAGCCUAAGGUUGCUAGACCAGUUUGUCGUAAGCUUCUGGCGGCACCCCCGCGGCCCGAGUUCGAAUCCCGUGUGGGAUGAAUUUCCAGUCCAUAGGGUAAAAAAUCUCCCUCGCUGUGCUCGCUGCAAGGCAUGAUCCUUGUGGGCAUGGAUCAGGAUUCGGAGGGUUUCUCGGCCGGGAGAAGCCAUUGUCGCUUUCUCUUAAUGAAAUACGGUGGGGGCUGUUUCUACCCCCGGUUGAGUUUUUUA